CAAGAGUGUAAACUGCGGUUCAAAGUCUUAAACUGGGGUUAACAAGCGCGGAAUGUACAUUUAUUAUCUAACUGUUGAAUAUAUACAGUAAAAAUACUAAAAUGAAAGUUUUGGCACACCAUGCGAAUGUCCUAUCAAGUAAAGGUGACGAGUAACCUAAAUGAAGUGUAAUAUAACUUAUUUCAAUGGGUUUUAUGCGGUGCGAGUGUCCACAAAACACCGGUUGACCUUGAAAAUGACAUGGGACGAUGAUGGGUAAAAAAACAAUCUCGUCGAAUAACAUUUCUCAAUUUUCAACGAGUUUAAGCCGUUGACACUGCAUUGCAUGGGAAGAAAAGGUGAUAUUAGGUUGAGUUGUGCAAUGCACGAGUUCACGAAGGGGCACCUUCCCGCACCUUCCUGAGAAGUCAAGGAAACAUGUAGCGUUGGCACCACUAGAAUGUUUGAAGCUGUCCAGUAUUGUAAGAGUUUAGGUAAACCCAGGUCACCAAUAUGGUCUUCUAUGAAGAUCUCCAGAUACUCCUUGAUGCGUUCUUCAGCACAUCGCAAUGUUAUGCUAUGGUCGCUGAACUCGUACUUAAUUCUACUAAGUACUCCAGGAACCGUUGGUCGCAUUGAGUGGCAGUGCUCCAAUGUGUCUGUAAUUUGUGACUCAGUCAAAAAGAUGUCAGUGGAUAUGCAACAGUUAUCAAGCAAUCUUCAAACUAUUCUUGAUGAACUAAAUAAGUUUAAGAGUACACAAGAGGCCAGCAUUCAGUAUGUGGAGGAAUUAUAUUGUGAAAAACUGCAAGAUAUCCAAGACCUGCGGAAGAAAUUAAAUACUGCUUUGGAUGCACUAGAAAAUACAACCUUGAAACAACUGGAUGCAAUAAGGUACACAUUACAAACCUCUCUCAAGAAAGAUAUUGAUAACUGCAGCAGGCUACAGGAUAAAUUGAAACAAGUCAGUGAAGCUGUAAAUGUCCUUAAUUAUAAAAGCAAGAAAGAAAUCAAGUUUAUAGCCAGAAAAUGUCUGCACAAAAUACAUGAGUCUGAGUCAUAUCUAAAGGAAAAACCUGUGCAUAUGCACAGUUCAAUAAUAUUCAAGGAAAACAUGGACAUUGAGAAGUACCUGUCUCAACAGUCAAGUCUUGGGAGGAUUGUCGACAGUAUGCAGUCUCUCAAGAUGAAUCCAGACCAGGUUAUGACUGUGAAGAGGAUAUCAGAGUAUAGUGUGAGAAUGUCAAGUGAUACAUGGCAGUCUUUCCGCAUCAGUGGCAUUUGCUGCUUACCUUUUGGCUGGGUCAUUAUUACAGAUGUCGUAAAUAACAAAGCAAAGCUGUUGGACAAGCAUUAUAAUGUGUCGAGUCACUGUGAUUUGCCAAAUUGUCCAUGGGACAUUUGCCAAAUUAAAUCCAGUGAGGUGGCUGUAACUGGUAAUAGAGAUGUGCAGUUUAUCUCUGUGAGCAAGGGGCAGCUGGUGAAUGGGAGGAAGUUCCAGUUCCCACAUCCUACUUUGGGUAUUGCCUUCCAUCAGGGAGCGUUGUAUGUCACCUCUGGCACUGCUCUGUACCACUACACUCUGAAUGGAUCACUUGUGAAAAAAAAUGUACGAGGAUACACCUGGCCCAAAUACAGUGUUUAAAUGUGCAGUGAGUCCUAUUGGGGACAGGAUCUAUGUAACCAACAACUUUAUGCACUCACUCAUCACUCUGGCUAGA